AUGGAAAAAAAACCAUCUAGAAAAGGCGUUUCUGCUGAAGAAAAACGAACUCGAAUGCUGAAUAUAUUCCACGAAACGUGUGAAGUAUAUCAGUUGAAGGAUCUGGAAAAAAUAGGACCCAAGAAAGGAAUAAAUGCACAGUCUGUCAAAGAUGUUGUACAAAGUCUUGUAGAUGAUGAUUUGGUUAUUACGGAUAAAAUAGGAUCAUCAAACUAUUAUUGGUCAUUUCCUUCAGCAGCAACACAAGCGAUAAGAAAUGAAAUCGAUAAUUUGCAAAAAAUGCUGCGGAUAGAAGAGGCCAAUAUGCAUCAACUAGAAAAAGAAAUGGAAAAAGAACAAGAAGAUCGUGAACCAUCUGAUGAUCGAGAUACUCUCUUAGCAAAAUUACAAGAAACUCUGAAUAUACAAAAGGAACUGGAACAAGAACUGAAACAAUAUACUGACUCGGACUCGGCUAAUUUUGAAUUAAAAGAAAAAGCGAACCAGGUGGCAAAGGAAGCCGUGAAUAGAUGGACAGAAAAUGUAUGGGCCAUACAAUCUUAUUGUGUCAACAAAUUCGGAAUGGACCAACAACAAUUCAAUCAAAACUUCAACAUAUCUGAUGAUUUUGAUACCAUAGUCUAGUUUCGACACAGUUGUUAAAAUGCGGAAUUUAAAAUUAUCUAUCCACUUUUUUUUUUUCUAUUUCUCACAUUAUUCCUUUUGU